UCAACUACGCCUUCGUUGGUCGUUACAAACGAGUCGUAUUCGGCGUGCACACUUACUGGCGCUGACACUUGAAUGUCAUGUAAUUUAAGAGAAAUACGAAUUGGAGAUGUUGGCUAAUUACUGAUUAUGCAGAAUUUAGGGAAUUAAGAUUUAAAUGGAAUUUGGACUUCUUCCUCUUCUUCUUCUUCUGACUUAAAUUAUUUGGAGGGCCAACAGGCGAGAAUUAAGUAGUGUCUGAACCGGUUUCCCGCCGGCAAUUGCACCCGGUUUUGCCGUCAUGUCGUCGCCUCCUCCGCCCUCGAGCCCGACGCCGUCGCCACCCAACCCCACGUCGCCGCCUCCUUCCACUCCUCCUCCGAUCGACCCCACGUCGCCACCUCCUUCCGCUCCUCCUCCGAUCAACCCCACGUCGCCGCCUCCUUCCGCUACUCCUCCGAUCAACCCCACGUCGCCGCCUCCUUCCGCUCCUCCUCCGACCAACCCCACGUCGCCGCCUCUUUCCUCUCCGCCUCCAACAGCUCCUCCGCCCGCACCUUCCUCGUCUCCUUCGCUGACGCCGCCGCCCGGUAUUCCGCCGACGUCUCCGCCCACGCCGCCUCCGUCGAGCCCCACCCCUCCCCCGGCGUCUCCUCCGCCGCAGGCGCCUCCUGCCUCGCCUCCCGUGUCGCCAUCGCCUCCUCCUCCUACGGUCACACCUCCACCGUCGCCUCCGCCACCGGUGAACCCGCCUCCGCCACCGGUGAACCCGCCCCCGCCUCCGCCGAGCCGGUCUCCCCCUCCGGCCCCACAAUCACCACCGACUUCGCCACCUCCGCCGCCACCAAAGAGCCCGUCUCCCCCGCCGCUCGCUCCGUCGCCUCCUGCGCCACCGACGCCUCUGGGAUCUCCUCCACCGCCACCCGCCCCCUCAGCCUCCAACCCUCCGCCUCCGUUUAAUGCGUUACCGCCGCCACCUCCGUCUUCGACAAAGUCAAGCGAGACAUCGACAGCAGCAAUAGUUGGAGGAGUUGCCGCUGCUGCUGCCAUCGUCGCAUUGUUGUUGGGCAUAUUCCUCUUUUGCUACUGGAGGAGGAGAAGGCAGCGGUCUUCGCCUCCUGCUCCGCCGCCAUAUUUAGUUGAUCCAUAUGCUCCAACCUCACCAGCAAUAUAUACUCUUGCCACAAAGCCAUCUGUCGGAAGCAAAGACUUAAGUUCUGGUUCCCAGCUCUCUGAACCCGAAAAUCCAUUUUUGCCAUCUUCACCUGAAAUUGCCCUUUCAUUCGCGAAGAUUGCCUUCACAUAUGAAGAAUUGGCAAUGGCAGCAGAUGGAUUCUCUGAUGCUAACCUUCUCGGAAAAGGCGGUUUUGGGCAUGUCUAUAAAGGGAUAUUUGAUGGAAAAGAAAUUGCUAUCAAGAAAUUGAUGUCCGGAGGAGGACAGGGGGAUCGGGAAUUCCGGGCAGAGGUGGAGAAGCUCAGUCGUGUUCACCACAGACAUUUGGUAUCAUUGGUCGGAUACUGCAUUUCUGGAAGCCAGAGGAUACUUGUAUAUGAAUAUCUUCCGAAUAAGACUCUUGAAUUCCACUUACAUGGGAAGGAUCAACCAACUAUGGAAUGGCCAACCAGAUAUAAAAUUGCUGUGGGUUCUGCAAAGGGAUUAGCGUAUCUGCAUGAAGACUGUCGCCCUAAAAUUAUUCAUCGUGAUAUUAAGGCUGCCAAUAUCCUUCUUGAUUCAAACUUUGAGGCAAAGGUUUCAGAUUUUGGACUGGCUAAGUUUCAAGGUGAAAGUGAUACCCAUGUUUCGACCAGAGUUGUGGGAACUUUUGGGUAUGUGGCACCAGAAUACGCAACUUCUGGCAGACUCACAGAUAAAUCCGAUGUUUUUUCUUUUGGGGUCGUGAUGCUGGAGUUAAUCACUGGAAGAAGACCUGUUUAUUCAAAUCAAUCUUACAUGGACGAGUCUUUGGUUACCUGGGCAAGACCUUUGCUGACACAAGCUGCAGAGGUGGGCAACUACGAGGCCCUGAUCGAUCCACAUCUAGAGAACUACGACCCUAAUGAGAUGAUACGUAUGAUUGCUUGUGCCGCUGCUUGCGUGCGCCAAUCUGCAAAACUUCGUCCAAGGAUGAGCCAGAUUGUUCGAUACUUGGAAGGAGAAAUAUCUCUUGAGAUGUUGCAUGGAGAAGUUUUGCCAGGCCACAGUGCUCUCCAGGCUUCAUCCACUUAUGAUUCUAGCCAAAACAAUGAGCAUAUGGUAAGGUUAAGGCGGAUGGCAUUUGCAAAUCAAGAUACGAGCAACAGCUUAUUUAGUGAGCCGAUCAGCGAGUCUGAUCCAGAAGCAUAUAAUGAUGAGAUCAGCAGAUUGAAGAAGAAGAGCACCUCAGAAUCCAGUUCUGCAGUAUAGGAUUUGAUUUAUGUAUACAUUUGUUGUACAAUUUCUCCCACUUGUGUUUUCUUGUUGCUAUAUACGAUUCAUGUGCACCUGCUAACUUGUGGGUGGGUAAAUAAACCACAGUUUGAAGGGUUGAUGUGAUGGCUGUAUUCUCUUUGUAAUUUAUAUAAAGCAUGGUCGGGGAUUCAUUACUUUCGAACCUAACCGGAAUCGGAUCUCGAUGGUUCAGUUA